UAUGGUCAACAGAACGCUUUCUCUCUGAGUUCUUUAUUAGCAUCAAACUCCAAGCGUGUAAAUAACAAAGUUUACUUUCAUAUUCGCUCUCGGGCCGAAAGCAUGCCUUUCCUGAAGCUAAGUUAUUUACGUUCUAAGAAAAUUCCAUUAUUUUCCAAAAGAUUUGAAAGCUUUAUCAGACAGCAAUAUAGAAACUUCAGUAAGAAACAGCGGCGUUGGUCACAGACACCUAGAGAGCUAUCAGGAACAGAUAAAGCCUUGGAACACUUUGACCUGUUUUACAAACCAGUUUACGGAGAGGUUUGGCCAUCUAUCAGAAUAUCUCUGCUGACCACUCAAAAGUAUUGUGCCCUAAUAAACAAUUUCAGGGAUGUCGAGGGUGUUGUAGAUAGACUCACCCAGCUAGGAGCGCGUGAUAUAUUACGAGAUGUAUCUGACGCUUUAAAAAAUCAACCAGGCGAUAAGGUUGACAAUAAUUUCAAUUUUACACGGGAAGUCAAAAAAAAUCCUUCAAAUGAAGUUGAGGAGAAGGAUGAUGAUGCUGAAGAUGAGGAUUCAGAGGAUAAACUUACAGAAGGGGAGGAAUUGAUGACUUUAUUGAGAUAUGAAAAAAAUACCAGUUUAGAUAAUUUCAUUCCAGUAAAAAGGGUGUAUACAGAGAAGGAAUUAAAUGAGCAAGAAGAUAUAGAGAGAAGUACAUAUCAACCUACAGGUAUACCUGUUAAUGUUAUACAUGAGGGGCCUGUCCAGAUCCCGAAGGAUCUGCGAGUGUAUGCUUAUGAGAAAGGGGAUACAGGGGAAUUCCCUUCUCCAAAUAGCAACAUGGAUGGGAAGCUGGAAUACUUCCUGAUGGACGGUGCUUCCAUUUUACCUGUCAUCGCCCUUGACCUUCAACCUUCAGACAAUGUCCUUGACCUUUGUUCAGCUCCAGGAGGAAAAGCUUUGGCCAUGAAACAGACAAAUCUACCAGAAAGUAUUUACUGUAAUGAUUUAUCAGGGUCUCGACUAAAACGCCUGCAGAAAGUCCUGCGUAGUUAUAUACCCGACAAUAUGACUGACGACAUCACACUCAAACAACAAGAUGGUCGACAGCUGAAAACCCCCCACUUUAAUAAGGUAUUGGUAGAUGUUCCCUGUAACACUGAUCGACAUGUCCUGUUGGAGGAAGACAAUAAUCUUUUCAAGAGUGGGAGGACUGGCGAGCGACUUCAACUUCCUACAGUUCAACGCGACCUCCUGGUGGCUGGGAUCCUGUCCUGUGUACAGGGAGGAUCUGUAGUCUACUCCACCUGUACCCUAUCAGCAGCACAGAACGAAGGAGUCGUUCAGUCCGCCCUACAGUAUAUAUGGCAAGAAACAGAUAUCAAUGUCGCGGUUGUGGACCUUAACCAUAUGGCAAAAUCUUUCAGUAAAACUUUCAGAUUUUGGCGACAUAGUAGGCUUGGACAGGUUGUUCUUCCCACUCUCAGCUGUAAUUUUGGACCCAUGUACAUAGCCAAAUUAAGAAUAUUGGAAAGACCAACAUGAAACAAUAAAACAAAUAAACAGCAAA